CGAGUGAUGAUACGCGCUACACGCUAUCAUGAAGUAUUUUAUAAUUUUAUAUACGGUAUUACGAUUGAACUAUGUAUUUGGAAGUUGUAAUCUAUCACUGAAAGAGGACUUCGGCAGUCCAUCGCCAGUUUAUUUACACAAUGGCGAAUUCCUUGCCCCAAACUCCGCGUCAGGCCAUAUUUUAUUACGAAGAUCGGAAAUCGUACAAAUCGCUUGUCCCGGACAUAAGCGUUUUGUUUUGUUGGGAGAUGAACAGACGCAUUUAGACGUUUUGCCAGUCAAAUGUGUUACGGGCAAAACGUUUCGUAGUGACAACGGGUGGGUUGGCGAAUUAAAGGAGGUCACAUGUAACGGACCUCCUUGGUACUCGGCGCAGGAAACGAGACAAUACUGUUAUGGAAGGAACAAAAUGUACAGUACCGGCUACAAUAUAUCAGGUGAUUUCCAUAAAUUGUACGAUUUAUGCUUCGACAAAAGUCUCUUUACGACGCUGUACUCCAAACAUGAGUUGACGCCUGCCAGUUUCUUCAAACAAAUUAGUUCCCGCCCUUCGUUUAUAGAGGGUGAUUUAUUCGGUAAAGUGAGGAUGUCCCAGUUGUACAAAAUUGAUAAUCAAAAGAAGCGUUUGCGAGAGAUACUUGGUGAUGGCAUGGACGAGAAGUACAUUACGAAAAUACAGUUCCUGAAUCGUGGUCACCUAUCGCCCAAAGCGGACUUUACAUUGAGCGCGGAGCAACGUGCUUCCUUCCACUAUGCCAACACUGCACCGCAAUGGAUGCGAGGUAACGCCGGCGAUUGGGCGGCAGUUGAAGAUGCAGUACGACGCCGUGUUCACGACCUGAACACAACUGUUACAUUAUACACUGGCGCUUACGGCGUUAUGACUUUGGCGGACUCGGCCAAUAAGCAUCGAGAGAUUUAUUUGUCAACAGAUCAAAAUAAUAAUGGUAUUGUGCCUGUGCCAUUGUACUUUUUCAAGUUGGUCUACGAUCCCAAGAAGCAGACGGCUGUUGUCUUCGUAUUAAUUAAUUCUACAUAUUAUACAGAAGCGAGAAUUGACGAAUUGUCAUUUUGUCAAGAUGUCUGCUACGAGAACUCGAAAUAUAAAUGGCUAAAAUGGCGGAACGACGGCACGCACAGCUUUUGUUGUGAAUAUCACGAAUUUGUUGAAAAUAUCAAUGUUUUACCUCAAUUAAAAGUUAAAGGACUGUUUUAUUAAUAUCGAGAGAUUUAUUUAUUUCAAUAUUGGCUGUGUGUAUUAGUAGUGUCAACACAUUGGCGCCUUUAAUGGAUGUAUGGCCAGUAUUGCCAACUUAGGAGGCCAGGACAUUAUGUAGGAGAAUUUUAUUUUGUAAUUUAAAUAUGUAUUCAUAAACAUCGAUAAAACUCUGAAGCUUUUAUAAUAUGCAUCAAAAAUAUAUUCAAGUAUAAAAUUUCGAUCUUGCAGUGUUACAGUUUUUUUUGUAUAUUUGACGUUUGGAGUUUAUAUUUGGUUUGUUGGUUGGGUUUUAGGCCUCAUAUAAAUUUUAUAGAAUCGUGCAUUAAAAAAAGAACUCUUGUAUAAAUUACCCCUUAAAUUAAUGUACCAUUAUAUGUGUAUGUAAUUCCUGAUGAUGUAAUAACCAAAUAGGAAAAUCCAAGAACUUUGAAGUAAUAUCUUUUAUAUUUUAUACAUUAUUUUAUUUAUCUGGUUAACCUAUAUAAUAUCCUAUAUCUUUGCUAAAUUCAGUACCGUCGAUCGGAACCCCAUGGCAUAUAGGGCAGGUUGGUAUCACUGCGUUUGUUGUGCUUUAUGACAGACAAUAAAUUAUAGAUUUGUAUGCUAUCUGUGAAUUCUAUGUUUUAUUUUUUGUGUUGUAAAACUGUUAAUAGUCAGUGUAAACAAAUUCAUUAUGUAUAUAGAAAACCUUGAAUGUAAUG